AUGGCCUCACCUAGCAACAGAGCUUCUGGCCUCAAUUGUGGUUCCUUACCUCCAUUUUUCCAACAUCCAGAACCCCAAUCUGUGCCAGAAAAUGGCAUGGCUCGUUUUGAGUGUCGGAUCAAAGGUUUGCCUGCUCCGGUCAUUGCUUGGCAGAAGGACACGGAGGCUGUGCCAUCAGAACCAAGGUUCAUAGUCCUUCCAAAUGGUGUCCUUCAGAUCACGGAUGUCCAGGAAGGAGAUGCUGGAGCCUACCGUUGCAUGGCGACCAAUGCAGCAGGAAAACGCUACAGCCUGCAUGCUCCUCUCACUCUCUUGAAAGCCCUAGGUCCCCAACAACCAAUGAUGGAUGAUGUAGUCAUUGUCACCGCACCGGAGAAUGCCACAGUGGUGGUUGGAGACACUGUUGUGAUGGAAUGUGUUGCGUCAGCAAAUCCCACACCUUUCAUCUCUUGGAUACGGGAAGAUGGGAAUCCGAUUUCUACAGAUGUGAUUGUGUUAGGACGGACCAACCUCGUGAUCCUUUCCGUUCAGCUUCAUCAUGCAGGAGUCUAUGUAUGCCGGGCCAACAAACCCCAAACCAGGCAGUUUGUAACAGCUGCAGCUGAGCUCCAAGUCCUUGCUCCUCCUACAAUUGCUCAGGCACCUGAAACCAUUUCUCGCACCCGGGCCAGCACCGCCAGGUUUGUGUGCAAAGCAGAAGGAGAGCCGCUGCCCGCCAUACACUGGAUGAGGAACAGGAAGCUGUUACUGUCUAAAGGACGGGUUAAAAUCCAGGGCAGCGGUACCCUCGUGAUCAACCAGAUCGGCUUGGACGACGCGGGAUAUUACCAGUGCGUGGCUGAAAAUCACCUUGGCAUGGCCUGUGCUACGGCCAGGCUAGAGGUCAUCGUGCGGGAAGGCCUGCCCAGCGCUCCAAAGAGGGUAUCCGCAAGUUCUCUCUCCAGCACCACCGUCUUGGUUUCCUGGGAAAGGCCGGAGUUCAACAGUGAGCAGAUUAUUGGAUUCUCUCUUCAUUACCAAAAAGCCUUCGGUGCUGACAACGUGGAAUACCAGUUUGCGGUGAAUAACGACACCACUGAGUUUUCGGUGAAAGACUUGGAGCCCAACACCAAUUAUAUCUUCUAUGUGGUGGCCUACUCCCAGCUUGGAGCUAGCCGGACCUCCUCAUCCAUAAAUGUGCAGACCCUGGAAGAUGUUCCUGGUGGAGCCCCUCAGAUUUCCCUGUCCAGUGUAACUCCGACUGACAUCAAGGCGACAUGGCAGCCUCUCCCUUCAGAACUGAGCAAUGGAAAGAUUGUCAAGUACAAAAUUGAGUAUGCUUCUCUCAAGGAAGACCUGAUUUCUUCAACGGAGCUCAGUGGAAAUGAAACCCAGCUGGUGCUUUACGGGUUACAGCCAAACAGAAUCUACAAAGUUCGGAUUACGGCAAGCACCAGUGCGGGUUAUGGAGCUCCAUCAGAAUGGACUCAGCACCGCACUCCAGAUCGGGACAACCAAACCCAUGUUCUCUUUGCCCCAACUGAGUUGAUGGUCCAGGCCAAAAUGGACUCGCUGUCAAUCAGUUGGCAGCCUCCACCCAACCACGGACAAAUUUCAGGCUACAAGCUGUACUACCGAGAAAUACCCUCUGAGGAGUCCAGCAUGGAGACCCCUUCGGAAGGCCCAGGGAAGAGUCUUCGAGACGUUGGACCCAUAAAACUGAAGAAGAAAGUGAAGCAGCACGAACUGAGACAUCUAG